AUGCUAACCAGCCUAGUUGUUCGUUUCUGUAACGCCUACCUGGGGCAAUAUCUGGAAAAUCUAGACAAGAAUCAACUUUCGUUUUCUCUCCUAAAAGGGAAGGCUGAAUUGCAAAACUUGUCUAUAAAAAAAACUGCUUUUGAAAAUCUUAAUUUGCCAUUUUGUAUUCAUGGCGGAUUUGUGGGAAAAAUUUGCAUUGACAUACCACUUACACGAAUAAGCAGUCAGCCAUGGGUUAUAUCCUUCGAUCAAAUAUAUGUGAUAGCUGGUCCCAAGACAAACACUAUGCCUCAUAAGACACAAAAGGAAAAAAAUGAAGAUUUGGAGUCUCAUCAAUUCAAAAGAGCUGCUUUGGACUUGAUGGAAGCUGAAUGGAAAUCAGAUCUGGGGUUUCAUGGAUUAGCAUUAAUGUUGUACAAUUCAACAUGUUCAUCUUGGAUAAGCCAUUUAACUAGUCUGGUGACUCAUAUUGUGCAAAACAUUGAGCUUAAAAUGACAAAGGUCCACAUCCGGUUUGAAGAUGGUGGUAUAUCAUGCCCUGGUAAAGUUAUCGCAUGUGGCUUACAUCUCAAGUCAUUCACUGCUCAGACGUGCGACGAAAAAAGGAAAACGUCUGAAUUCCUGUACUAUAAUCCAGAGUUCAUGUAUAAGCUGCUGGAACUCAACGGAUUGGCAGUGUAUUGGGACACAGAUGCUAACGCCUUCUGGGACCUGCCCCUUAGUGACCUGUGCAAGAAAAUGAAAUGCUGUUCGAUGAAGCAAGAUGCGUUCAUUUUAACUCCUACUCAUGGCUAUGCCUACAUUAAGAGGAACCGUACUACUACUUCCCUGCAAUCCCUCGAGCAACCACGCGUUAAGUGUGAUUUCGUACUCGACCAAGUCGACAUUGAAUUUCGUGAUGCCCAAUAUUACCAAUGCUGCAAAGUUCUUGAAAUGCUAUCUCGUCGUAGUAACCACAAAUUCAAUCCCAGGCGUCAAUGGAAGUAUGCCGGGGAGCGUAUCAUUGCUGCAAUCCAUGAAAGAAAGAAGAUCGAGAACUGGCCCUUUCUGAUUCGUCGCGUUCAAGAUGUUCUUCUCUACGUUCGUUCUUAUAAGGAACACUUGAUGAAUUCCUCUGCAGCCGCAAAAUUCGAACUAGAACGUGAAAGAAUUGAAUCCGAAUUUGAAUUAGAAGAACUAAUGAUGUUACGGUCUAUUGUUAUGCGACAAAUUUCCAGAAGCCGAAAUAUUUUCAAUUGCUGGUACGACGACUUCAUGACAUGGUGGUAUGCAGAAGGAAACUGGAUGUACGCGGCAAAUAACGAGUCAGUUAUUAACAACACAACUGACCACGAGAUCCUCGAAAUGCUGCAAGAGGCCAGAAAAGAUAAUUUGAUUCGAAAGGAAGACCUGCUUCCUAUUCAAUUUAGCUUUGCCUUGAAACAUGGCUGUUUUCGCUUGUCUGUCUGCCCUAAGAGCAUUGAAACUUACCAGCCGUCUAAUCUUCUCGUGAAACUCGAAUUGCGUGAAAUCCUUGUCGACGUUUGGAAAGCACAUCCGAAAAUUGGUUGGAUUAAACUGCAUGUCAUCGUCAAGAACGUUUCCUUAUGCGACCGCAUAACUAAAUUUUUCCAAAGUUCUGCAAAUCCAGAGGAUGAGGCACCGCAUUUUGAUUUCGAGUAUGAAAAAUAUCCGCCUGAUGGUGACUGGAAACAUCGUUUGAUGGUCACCAUUAUGCCUACAGAGUGCGUUUACAAACAUGAAAUUGUAGGCCAAAUUAGAAAAUGUUUUCCCAUCCCCAAAAAAGAACGAUCUUUACUAGGCCAGCGUGUCCACAAGGAAAUCCGUUCUCGUCUUAAUCUUGUCAAAAGCAAGGUUACAAAAAUUUUAAAAAUGACUGUAGCGAAGCUUUCAAAUAAUGAGGCGUGGGAUUUGAAGAUAAAUGUCGGUACUCUACGCAUUCUAAUUGCUGAUUGUCCUUUUAGUCCAGUUCCACUUACCAUUGAGUUUGGCCCAAUAUAUGUUAAACCCACGAUCAGUUGCACAGUCGCCGACUUGACCUCCUUGUCCACGGACAAUACCGUAGGCGAGCCAUAGAAGACGAA